UUAAAAAGAGAGUGACUGAUCGCGCAUGACAGCAGCUGUUCGUUCAUAUUUGCUUUUAUUCAUAUGGUAUCAAACAUGGUCGAGGAUGAUCUAUCUUGUUUGACGUCUGCAAUUCAUAACAAUAAAGGGGCGCUGUCUCUUUUUUCUAUUUGUCAAUUUACGGGCGUGUUACGUGUGUAAUUAAAAACUGGCAUUUAAAUAUUCAUUAUAGAUCGGUUAGAUGACGCCGACGGCAAGACGCCGUGAUUUGACAGGUCAUGGGGGCCUGUUUCGGCCGAUGUUUUGCCAAAGUCACCGACUCGUUAUCGUACAGGUUGUAUCACAGGCAUACCAGCAUGUCCUGCCAAGGAGACGAACGAGCUGAGUUUAUAGAUGGAGAAGAAGAUAAAGAACAACCUAAAGGAUCAAAAACUCUGUUAUCGUUUCUCUCCUUAAAGCAAUUUAAGAAAAAACAUGGAGUUCCUGUGACUUUAGAGUUAUUAGACGAAGGGGGAUGGCAAAGAGGUUCUAACAAAUAUGCCAGAUUAAAUUCUAGAAAUGAUCCUUCUACAAGUUCUGGUUUAGACACACCAUUACAAAUACUCGAUGUACGAAACUUAAUGAAACAGCAAACUUGUGUUUCCUCUACACCUGGCUCCUCAUUAGAUCUUGAAUGGGAACACGAAGGGUUGCCACUGCCAGUUAUGGAUAAUGAUAAAAUUAGUACAGAUGGAUCACAAACUUCAAUUAAUAAUAGUCAGCCUUCUAGUUUGACAGCAUCUCCCUGGUCUAGAGUAUCAACACCAAACAGUUUAGAAUGGGAUCCUGUAGAAGCAGAUAUGGUAUGUGUUGAUAUGGAGACUGAGCAGCUUUUGACUGAAAUAGAGCGAUUAACAGAUAGGGCUUUAAAAGAAACAGGAGAAUGGACUAAUGAUAGCUGAUAGAAGAUCCAUUUGUAUUUAAGAGGAUUGUUUGUAUUUUUCUAUUAUAUAAAAUAUACAACACGAGGGGGGAGGGGGGAAGAGAGAGAAAAGUGUAAAAUAAUAGAUGGCAAAAAAUGUUCUACUAUUUUCAUUUUUCUUCAUUGAAAUAAUGGAAUUUAAAUUGUUACAAAUAAUUUAGAUUAUGAAAUCUAUAAAAAUUGAUAAAAAGAAAUUUGGCAAAAGAAAUUCAAAAGUACCAUGACCAGUGAUACUAAACAUAAAAAAAAAAGAAAAACAAGAAUAUAAUAAAUAGUAUAAUUCUAAAAAAUUAAAUUAUACAUAUAAACAAGCUUAUAAGGAUAAAUGUGAUAAAUGAAAAAUGAAUUUAUUUGAAUGCCAAUUGUAUUUAUACAAAAUAUUUGUAUGGCCUAAUUUUAUCAUUUAGUGUAAGAUCUCAGUUUUGUAGUCCAUGCACGUUCAUAUAUUUGAUAAGUUUAUACAAAAACAAAAGUGGAAUUGUUGAAAUAAUUUUUAACAGACAAUAACUUACUUCCUAUGGAUAAAUCCAUAUUUUUGUCCAUGAAAUUAAUUUCGAGUAAUAUUUUUUAUUUAGUAUUAUAUCUUAUAUAUGUAUGUGUAUCGACAAAUAUCCAAAGUUAUUUUAUUUUAGUAUAUGUACACACAUACACACACAUUUAGUGUAUAUUUUGAAUUAUAUAACUUUUUCUUAAGAAUAUGGAGAGAGAACAAAGAAUCACACAAAAUAUUAUUUUAAGCAAAGCAUAUCAUGUAUGUUGCAAAACAAUAUUCGAAAUUGUAAGUUCUACUAUUCCAAUAAUUAUCUACAGGUGAAAUUAUGAUGAAAAAAGGAAUAAUGCUCAAGCAAAAUUCCUUGUAUUUGCUUUACAUUAAAGCUUAGAUUAUUUGAAAAAAAAUAUAGUGGAUAUAUAUAUAUAUGUAUAUGUAUAUGUAUAUGUGUGUGUAUAUAUAUAUAUAUAUAUAAACUUUAAUGUAAAGUAAACGUGACAAACUGUGGUAUUAUAUAAACUAAAGCUUUUAAAGGAAGGUGCUAAAAUUCUAACACAUAUUUUAUGUAAGAAGAACAUAUGGACAUAUGGAUUAUUUUCUGGUAUUGAAAUAAGAGAUAAUUUAUUUAGUUCUUGAGAAGCUUAUCUGACUAAUCAAAUGUUACACCUAAAAUAGACUGCUUUCGAUAAUACACAUUGAUAUUGCAUAAUUUUUCAGUGAUUGCAUUUUAUGCAUAUAUACAUAUACUCAUAAUGUAUCAUCACAAAAGUGUUGGUAUGUUAAUGUUAACAUAAAAGAGAGAGGAAUAUAUAGAAAUAUUCCCAAAAUUGAUAGAUCAUUGCCUCUCAUAUAAUUAUUUUACACUGUGUAUGUUGAACACAGAGAUUCUAAAUAUUUAUAGAGAAUAAAAAGAAAUUGAUGUAGAAUGCCUUAAUAUUAUCAUAAUAGAAAUUUUCACUUCUUAAGUGUUAACGAAAUUAGCUUAUGGAAUAUCUCUGUUUAACUUAUAUUUUUUAAAAUUGCAUGCAGGUUAUUGAAUUAAUUACUGAUUUAAUAUUGUUGCAAUAAAAAACUAUGAUAAAAAGUUACAGCAAUGACAAUAGUCAGGAAAAAUGCCGAUAAUUCAUUAGCACACUUACAGAUCAGAUAAACUGCAAUAUUUUAAACGUACUAAUAUGUAUUAUAAGCGCUUUAAUAGUUUUUUAUAUUUCAUUAAGCUAUAUUGUUACAUAAUAAUAAUAGUUUUAUUUGUUUAAAAACGAAACCAAAUAUUAUGAAAUGUAAUAUUUAUUAUUGCCACAAAUGGUAAUUUCUAAAGGAAGUUUCACAAGAUAAUGUCCCUUAUAUGAUUUAAAAAGAAAUAAUAUUUAUUACAUUUAUAAAAUUAAAAGAAAUAGUAUGAAGUUAUAAAAUAGAGUUUUUACGAAUUUAAAUAUAAAGUUGCUACAUAUGAUUGAGAUUAUAAAAUGUUGCAUAAAAUGAUACAUAUUAUUUGUCAACACAAAGUCAGUAAAAAAAUAUCAGGGUACUAUACAUCAAUAAAUAUAAAGAUCUCUAAAUUGUUCAUAGAAAAUAUUCUUAGAAUUUUUACAGUUUUUUUAUUUUAUUUUAUUAUCUUAAGUUGUGACAAUGUUUUUUUUUUGUGAAUUUAGCAAAAAAUAAUUAUUUGAACCAUUAUAGGGACCAACAAUUAUUUGAGUAUUAAAUAUAUAUUUUACUUAUAAAAUAGCUCUUUAAUUUAGAAAGUUUUUUAUUUAUUAGAUAGUAAUGAUAUAUUUUAUUAAUUAAUCAAAUCAAAAAAAUUUGUAACUCCUAAUAUCAGCAAAUUUAAGUAAACUACAUAGAAAUUUGUGUAUAUAUAUAUAUAAGUAUUAUUUUGUAAUAUUUCUUUUCCUUGUUAUUUGAAAUUUAAGUAUUAUUUUUUUAUUAUGAUAUUAAGAAUGCGAAUUGAUCAUAUGCUGCACAAACACGAGCAAGUAUUACAAUUAUUUGCUUUGCUGUAUAACCCUGACAACACCACAGGCAUUAAGCGUACGAACUUUAAGUAAUUGUAUGCAAUUAUAUAUUAUGUUAAGGAAAUUGAUCAUAUUAAAUAGUACAAGAAAAUCUUUUGAGAUCAAUGUUAUAAAGAAUUUGAUCUCAAAAUUCACGAAACUAAGUAAUGUGAUAUAUUUUUUCUUCGUGUGUAAAGCUUUAAGAGUAAACAUCUUGGCAAUGUAUAGUACAUACAAAAAUAAAAUAUAUCCUUCUACAAGCAGCACAGAAUGUGUGCGCACAAAUAAAAUUUAUCGUAUAUUGAGAAUAUUAAUAAUGAUAAAUGUUAUGAUCGAUCUAUUUAUAUGCUUUAAUAAUAUAACAAUAAAAUGUUGAAAGAGUAUCCUAUAUUGUAAGUCUACAUUUCCUUUAUACUAGAUUGAUUAAAGAUACAAGGAAAUAUA